GUGUAUAUAACCACUGUCGUUUUGAGGCGGCGGCAAAUAAGGCAGGCAGCACAGAACUGCUUAACAGCUGCUGGACACAGAAUAGCUGUCUCACCCACCAACUCGGCUGACUGUAAACGCCUCCCCAUGCCAGUCUCCAGGGAGAGCAGUUUCUACAAAUGCGUGAUCGACACAGACGAUGCAACCCUGGAUUCGGAUAAAGUCUUCGAAUGCGCUCACCAAGGGAACACGGCGUACCUAGAGAACAUCAUCAGGAAACACCCAGAGUGCCUGGCGGCCAAGGAUGAGACCGGCGCCACCCUAUUCCACCACGCCACCUCCGGGGGAAGCCUGGAGGUCAUUCGGCUGCUGGUCAGUGCCACCGGACCGGAGGGACUGAACCCGCGUGAUGAGCAGGGUAGUACACCACUGCACUGGGCCGUGGAGAAGCAUAAGGAGGGCAGCUGUGCGCUCCUGCUGGACUUGGGAGCCGACCCCAACAUCCUCAACACCGCCCUCAUGUCCCCCUUACACCUGGCCAUCAGCAAGGGACACAACGGCAUGGUGGAGCUGCUGCUAUCCUUCAGUGCCACGGACGCCAACCUGGAGGGAGACCUGGGAAACUCCCCCGUCAUGCUGGCCUGCUCCAACAACAACUGCCAGGCCCUGGACAUACUGUUUAAUUAUGGUGCAAGACUGUGUUCUCAGAAUAAGCUGGGCCACUAUGCUAUCCACACUGUGGCCUUUGCUGGAGCCAAAGAGGCCAUGGAAGUGAUUCUGAAGAAAGGGGAAGAGACUGGACACAGCCUUGAGACUCACAUCAACUACCUUGACAAAUCUCACUGCAGUCCUCUACAUUUGGCGGUGCGUGGGGGAAACACUGAAGUGAUCAAACUCUGCAUUGACAAAGGGGCAAGAGUGCAUCAGCAACAGGCUGACAAAUCCACGGCUCUGCACUUGGCCUGCACUCAAGGUGCCAUUGAGGCAGUGAAGCUCAUGCUGUCCUCCAGUUGCCACGGGGAGGACAUCAUCAACAUGAGGGACGGGGCACACCAGACCCCCCUGCACAGGGCAACGAUAUUCGAUCAUGUAGAAUUGGCAGAAUAUCUCAUUUCAAAGGGAGCAGACAUCGACUGCAUCGACUGUAAGGGCCUCUCGCCACUGCUGCUGGCCACAAGCUGUGGAGCAUGGAGGGCCGUGGCCUUUCUACUGUCCAAAGGAGCAAAUAUUAAAAUCAAGGAUAAAGAGGGACGGAACUUCUUGCAUCUUGUCACUUUCCAGCCCAAAGGACUGAAAAACAUCCCGGAGCACGUCUUACAGACCGACGCUGUGAGGGCCCUCUUGUGUGAUGAGGAUAACGAGGGAUGCAAUCCCCUGCACUACGCCUGCAGACUGGGCAUCCACGACUCUGUCAAGAACAUCCUGGGCCUGCAAGUUUGCCCAAAACGCAAAUCCAAAAACAAGAAAUCAGCCUUUCACUUUGCAGCUGAAUAUGGGCGUAUAAACACAUGCCAUAGACUGCUGGAGACCAUCACAGACUCACAGAUGCUGAACGAGGGUGAUGAACAUGGCCUCACGCCCCUGCACCUGGCGGCCCGGGCAGGCCACACCAAAGUGGUCGAUCUGCUGCUCAGGAAAGGAGCUUUGUUUCAAAGUGAUUACAAAGACAUGACGUGUUUACAUCAUGCUGCUGCAGAGGGGUACACACAGACCAUGAAAAUCCUCCUGGCGGCCAACAUCAAACUACUGGACAAGACUGAUGAGGAUGGGAACACAGCUCUGCACCUGGCUGCCAGAGAGGGACAUGCUGCUGCGGUGAAACUUCUGAUGGAGAGGGGUGCUGACAUUCUUCUGAACAAGAGUAAUGCCUCCUUCUUCCAUGAAGCAGUGCAUCAUGGGAAAAAGGAAGUGGCAGACACCAUUAUUGAACAUGAGAGAUGUAACGAAGCUAUUAAAAAUUUUAAGAUAAAAUCUGACCAUCGCUGCGUGGUCAUUGACUUGAUUGAGUUCCUCCCUGAGUCUUACAAGCACUUGCUGGACCAGUGCGUCAGUGAGUCAGACCAUGACGUCAACUGCCCUGACUACCAUAUCCAGUACAAUUUCCAGUGGCUCCAAGCUCCAAUUCAACUGAAAAAAUACGCAGCGACGGACAAGAGUCUGAAAGUCCAACCUCUGGCUUGUAUGAAUGCCAUGGUGCAGUACAACCGCAUUGAACUUCUUACCCACCCCAUCUGCAAUAAAUACCUUGAAAUGAAAUGGCUGGCGUACGGAAGCAGAGUUCACCUGAUCAAUCUGGUCAUCUACCUGCUUGGCUUGCUGCCCCUCACCUUCCUCAUUGUCAACCUGAGGCCCACGCAGACCACCGGCCAGAAUGGAACAUCUGUCGUGGUGGGCCCCAUCCCAAUCAGCCAGAACAGUUACCUAAUCACCCCCAGCAUCAUCAUGGUCCUCGUCAUGAGCUCAUACGCCAUCCUGAAGCAGAUGAUGCAAAUGUCACAGCAGAAAUCGAGGUACUUCAAAGAUCCCUCAAACCCAGCGGAAUGGGCGAGUUCCAUCGCCUCUUUGGUCUUCACGAUUCCCCUCAUGUUUGGUGUGGGGGACAACUGGGUGUGGGAGGCAGGAGCUGUGGCCAUUCUCUUAGCUUGGAUCAACUUCCUGCUUUACCUGCAAAGGUUUGAGCAUUUUGGCAUUUACGUGGUGAUGUUUGGUGAAAUCAUCAAAACGUUGUUCAGUGUCAUCGUGCUUGUAAUCUUCUUGGUCCUGGCGUUUGGAUUGUCUUUCUAUGCUCUCAUGCUCCAUCAGAGUGAGUUUCACUGGAUAGGCCUGUCUCUGGCUCAGACCUUUGUCAUGAUGGUGGGGGAGCUCAACUAUAAUAGCAACUUCUUUGGCGCCUUCGAGAGCAAGCGGCUGGCCUUCCCCCAGAUCACCUACAUGGUCUUCGUCUUCUUCAUCCUCCUCAUGCCCAUCCUACUCAUGAACUUAAUGAUUGGUUUGGCAGUCGGAGACAUUGCAGAGGUGCAGAGGAACGCCAGUCUGAAGAGGAUCUCCAUGCAGAUUGAUCUUCACACAAACCUGGAGAAAAAGCUUCCAUAUUGGAUCCUUAAGCGAGUGGACAAGUCCUCCAUCACUGUUUAUCCCAAUAAGACCUGCGCAAAUAGGAGUGUGUUCAGGUUCUUCCACUCGAGGGACGUGUCGGCGGUGCGGAGCCGUCUCAACACCAGCAGCCAGGAGCUCACGCCUGUGGAGACGGAGCUGAGGAAGCAGAAGCUCAGAUUAAGGGAAAUAUGCAGUAUCCUGGAGAAGCAACACACCAUGGUGAAGCUGAUCCUGCAGAAGAUGGAGAUCACAUCUGAAGCGGAUGAUUAUGACGGCCCUGACGAUGCCUUCAGCGGCAGAAGAGGCAGGGCUCAGACGUCCAAAUGGAUCCCCCUCAUGAGGUCCCUUCAGUCGUCCCAUCACUAGGAUUAGGAUUAAACAUUAGGAUGUUCUUGGUAUGCUGGUAGUGGAAGAUGCAGCUUCAGCAAUGUUAGAGACCCCCAGCAACACCUGUUUUCAAUUUGGCAUUCGUUCUGAGUAAAAGCUGUUUAGUUUGAACAUGCUGUGUAGCUGUAGGGAACUGUGAGGUUGGCUACUGGUGUUUCUAGCUCUUUGCUAAGGUCAUCAAACUUGUGUGCCCUUGAACUUGCAGCAGUGAGAAUGAAAUGUGUCUUUAGGUCAAUUUAGGUGCACUUUAGGUUGCGAUGUAGCCAUUAUGGUUGAGUAUGGUUGACUUCAAAUUGUAAUUUUCAUUAUGUUUACUGAGGAGAAAAAGAACAGGAUGUAGGUGUUUAGUGUCCUUUAGCCUAUAUUGAGAAUAUUACAGUAUCAUAUCAAAUAUCUGCUGAUCAUGUGCUCUUUUGUCCUCUGUAAGAGCCCAUUCAUGCUGCACUGGGAAUGACAAAGUGUGCAAGUUGAAAUCCAUGUAUCAGCAUGUAAAUGUGGGUUUCUUCACAUGUUCCUCCACGUAACGAACAAUAUACAGUCUACAUGUCCGCCUGCCAGUGAGCGCUUCAUAUGCACCUGAUGAUCAGUUUGUGAAGUAUAUACAUUAAGUGUGUUACCCACUUUACAUUAAGUGUGUUUAUGACAGUCUACUUGCCUAAGUAAUAAAUAAUAGUGUAUGCUUUUAAGUGUGUGCAUAUUAUUACGCUUGACAGCAAGUGCAACAAACAACACUUGCUAAUACAAAAUAUACAUUGCACUUACUGAUUAAAUAUAAAGUAAGACAGUACCUAAGGACACUUACUAUAAAGUGUGGUCGUAUAUCCCGUAUCGUAUAUUUAUUAACUUACUGUUUAUUAACUUACUUCAUGUCUAAUAUUCUGUGGUUGGUCAAAUAAAACAUUAAGACAUUU